AUGCCUAGAUACCCUCGACCUGAAGGCUUCGGCCCCCGUGGUGCCCGUGAUGACCGGGUCGGCGAGACCCUCCACGACUCAGAUGAAGAAGUCGAAGUUCGUGAUCGAUCACCGUCCCCUGAGUGGCGCCCUCCCACCCGUGAGUACACAGUCCCUCCCGCUCCACCUUCAAGCCUGGAAGAUGUACCGAAGAAGCGACCUGGAACUGGCAAGACCGAAGAGCAGCUUGCGGAGACCGCUGCUCGUGUGGAGGAUUGGGUUGCAGAUGUUGAGAUAGCGGAUACGCGGAGCUCAGAGGACGGAAGGAGGCAGAGAUUGAUGAGAAAGGCGCGCGCGGUGUUAUUGGAGUUUUUCAGGAAGAAGUAG